AUGGCCCGACGAGAUGAAGAUGAGUGGUCGGACGAUGACGAUGACGAUGACGAGCUGCUGAAAACAACGACAACGGUGCAGCUGGGCAUAUCGGACGGCGCGAUCGACUCUCAGACGGACUUGCGCGACGCAGCAGUCUCGCGCAUCGGCGGACUCCCUGCAUUCUUGACGUGGCCUGACCCCCCCUUCGAAUCGUCGUAUUGUAAGAACUGCUCGACCCCUAUGGAGCUUAUCGUGCAGGUAUGGUGCCCGAUGGAGGAUAGUCCGCACGAUAGAGCGCUGUAUGUGUGGGGGUGUAGUCGGGGAGUGUGUCAAGGCUUGGCUGGCAGCGUACGGGCUUUUCGAGGACUACGACAUAAUGAAAAAUACGCUACGAAGCUGGCAAAGAAGAAGGCUCGCCAAGCCAGGCAGGUCAGGCUUGUAGAAGAGGAGAAGCUGCAGGUCGCGAAGAGCAAUCCUUUUUCUUUCGGCAACGGCGUUGCUACAGCACCGAAUUUCUCUAGUAUAGGCUCAAAAAUCUUUGACGUAUCAGAGUCAGAGAAUCAAGCUGAGGCAGAAUCAAACGAAGCGCCAGAGGAAAACGAGGAAGACGACCUGUCGAGCAAUGACUCCGAAGCGGACGAAGACAAGGAGCUCGUAGGCGCUAUGGCGUCGAGUACCCUCGAACCCACUGCCUGGGCUUCCGCGCCUUCUUAUCCCGCAUCAUACCUGUCCACGGUGUCUGAAUACUUAUCUCCCGCGCCGACGACGAGUACCAAGAUCGAGGAAGUGCCUGAAGACGAUGACGAUGGCAAGAUGAACCAAGCUGCCUCAUGGGCUAUGGAGGGUUACGAGAACUCCCUUGUUGUCGACCGCGCUUUCGAGCGGUUCAGCAAGCGAGUUGGAUAUGAGGCGGAACAGUGUCUUAGAUACGAGCUAGGCGGGACACCUUUACCGUUCGCAAGCGACGACGUCUUCGACAAGCUUUUCCCUAAGCCACUAGUCCAAAAUCUGCCGGUGACGAGGUCGAAAGCCAUGGUUGUCCCUCCGGCAAAGCGAACAUACACUCCUUCCAUCCCGCCAUGCCCGCGUUGCAAGGCACGGCGGGUGUUUGAGUGCCAGCUAAUGCCGAACCUCAUUAACAUUCUUAGAAGCAAGAACACGCUGGGGCCGGCGAAGCCACAGACGGAUGAGGAGCGGCGGAAAGAGGUCCAAGAGAUGCUUAAAGGCGGGAGCAGCGUCGAGCUGACGGGUAUGGGGUGGGGCACCUGCAUGAUUUUCUCAUGCGAGAAAGACUGCUGCGAGGAAAACGGUGUGUCCCUGACGAGCUGCUGGCGGGAAGAGCUUGUCUUGGUGCAGUGGGAUCGGUAGCUUGGCUUUGUUGCUAUGCUGUUUGCGGUCUCACAUUCCCAUCUGUUCGCAUGUAUUGUCCUCGUGUAAUGCGAGCAGCGCGCUGCGAAGUUCAUAUACGGGCCAUCAUUUAUUCGGCUUUGACCUGGCCGUCCUUUGCAAAAGAUUUUGACGUCCAUGUUCACUUGUAUCCGCUAGAUGAUACCUGUAGCAGCAAUCAUAUUAUUCACAUGUGCUACCAGAAUAUAUGUGGCAGCCG